AUGGCGUCUGUGAUAGAGCUCGAUGCACUAAUCGUAGGUGCAGGGUUCGGCGGCGUGUGGCAGCUGUUCCGGUUGCGCGAGGAGGGCCACUCGGUGCGGCUGGUCGAGAGCGGAACCGACUUCGGCGGCGUUUGGCACUGGAACCGGUAUCCGGGCGCUCGAGUCGACAGCAGCGUCCCACUCUACGAGUUCUCUCAGCCAGAGGAGCUGUGGAAGGGUUGGUCGUGGCACAAUCGUUUCCCCGGCUGGCGCCAGCUGCAGGCCUACUUCGCCUACGUCGCCGACAAGCUAGACCUACGCCGCGACACGCAGUUCGAGACCACGGUAACGUCGGCGAUGUUUGACGAUGAAGAGAACCGAUGGACGGUCAAGACGCAGAAGGAGGGCGAGGUGUUCAAGGUCAAGUUUCUCCUGCUGAACGUGGGCUUCGCCGCAAAGCGGUAUAUCCCCGACUUCAAGGGGCUGGACAGCUUCAAAGGCGUGUGGCUACACCCAUCCUACUGGCCCAAGGAAGGCAUCGACCUUGCCGGAAAGCGCGUCGCCAUCAUCGGCACGGGGGCGACGGGGGUGCAGCUGACGCAAGAGCUCAGCAAGACGGCCGGCCACCUCACUGUCUUCCAGCGCACGCCGAACCUCGCCCUCCCCAUGGGCCAGAAGCACUUCCCGAGCCCCGAGGAGGGACAGGAGCUCCCCAAAAGCGACUAUCCGGCCCUCUACGCCCAACGCACCCGCACCUUCACCGGCUUCGACUUCGACUUUCUGCCGCGCCUGACCUUCGACGACUGCGCCUCGGAGCGCCGCCGCACGUACGAGGACCUGUGGACCAAGGGCGACUUCCAGUACUGGAUCGGGGCCUACCCGGACCUGCUGACCGACCCGGCCGCCAACCGCGAGGCCUACGCCUUCUGGCGUGACAAGACGCGCGCCCGCAUCCAAGACCCGGCCGUGCGCGAGAAGCUGGCGCCCAUGGUGCAGCCGCACGCCUUCGGCUGCAAGCGCAUCUCGCUCGAGGACGGCUUCUUCGAGGUCUUCAACGACACGGACCGCGUGAGCCUCGUCGACCUCAACGACGCCCCUAUUGAGGAGGUCACGCCCAAUGGUAUUCGCACUGCAGACGGCGAGGAGCGGCCCUUCGAUUGCAUCAUCCUCGCCACCGGCUACGACGCCCUGUCCGGCGGCAUCAUGCAGAUCGACAUCCGCCGGACCGGCGCUGCGGGCCCCCAGGAGAGCGUCAAGGAGAAGUGGGAGCGCGACGGCGUGAGCACCUAUCUCGGAAUGUCCGCCGCGGGUUUCCCGAACAUGUUCUUUACUUACGGCCCUCAUGCUCCGACGGCAUUCUGCAACGGCCCCACGUGCGCAGAGUUGCAGGGCAAUUGGAUCGCUGGCGUCAUGCGCUAUAUGAGGGGCCGGGGCUUGGAGAGGAUCGAUCCGAAGCCCGAGAGCGAGAGUGAGUGGGUGCAGCUGGUCAAUGACAUUGCGUCAAAGACGCUGUUGCCGGAAACUAAGAGCUGGUACAUGGGUGAUAAUAUUCCGGGGAAGAAGAGACAGCCAUUGCUGUAUCUUGGUGGCGUGCAGACGUACUACACGCGGCUGAGGGACUGUGCUGCAGCGGGAUAUUCUGGAUUUGAGCUGAAGUGA